AUGUCUGUGAUUCGCAUAGCGGGGGAUAUGUUGCACCUCAGUGCCAUCUUGAUCCUCUUAUCCAAGAUGCUGCGUCAGCGCAGCGCCGCCGGCAUCUCGCUCAAGUCGAUGGAGCUGUUUGCACUCGUCUUCUGCACGCGCUACCUGGAUGUCUUGUUUUCCUUUAUUGGCAUCUAUAACACCACCAUGAAAAUGUUCUUCAUUGCAUCGACGCUGCACAUCUGUUACUUGAUGAAGUUCAAGAGCCCGUGGAAAGCGACUUACGACCGCGAAAACGACACCUUCCGCAUCCGCUACCUUAUUGUGCCUUGCGUGGUGCUCACCAUCCUGUUUCACGGGACUCCGCGGCGCAACAUCAUUGUUGAGCUCUGUUGGACCUUCUCCCAGUAUCUGGAAGCUGUCUCAAUUCUGCCGCAGAUCUUCUUGCUCGAGUACACCGAGCGGUACGAUGCGCUGACAUCUCACUACCUCUUCUGCCUCGGGGCGUACCGCGUCGUGUACAUGAUUCACUGGGCGAUUCGCUACUACAUCUAUCGCAAGGUGCGGUGGAUCUCGGUCCUUAGCGGGUUUGUGCAGUCGCUGCUGUAUAUCGAUUUUUUCUACCACUACGUGGUGCAGGUACUCCGCAAGGCAAAGGAGCGGUAUGAAUUGGCCAAGUAG